AUGGCAAAAGCUUUACUUCGCAGCAGGGAGGACACCGGCUUUAGGGGGGAGACAGGGAUGAGAGAGGAAUGUGGGCUGUUUGGAGUUGUAUCUACAAGAAACUGGAAGACAGACACCAAUUUGUCCCAUCUCAUUCACCUAGGUCUUGUUGGGUUGCAGCACAGGGGACAAGAAAGUGCAGGUAUUGUAACCACAAAUGGUGGCCCCAAUGAUGACUUUAUUACCAGGAAAGGCAUGGGUCUGGUGAACCAGGCAUUCUCAGAUGAAGAUAUCACCUGUUUAAAGGGAAACCUUGGCAUCGGCCAUGUCCGAUAUUCAACUCAAGGAAUUUCUGAUGCCAUAAACAUACAACCAUUUGUGGUGGAGAGCCUGCAUGGCUUGAUAGCAGUUGCUCAUAAUGGGGAAUUGGUUAAUGCCAAACACUUGAAAAAGAAGUUACUACAGCACGGAGUCGGGCUGUCCAGCAGUUCUGACAGUGAACUGAUUGUGCAGCUACUAACACACACACCCGAUGAUGAGGAACCUAAUGGAGGAAACUGGGUUGCUAGAAUCAGACACAUGAUGCAAGAAACAGUAGCAUCAUAUUCUCUGCUCAUUUUGAAUCAUGAUCGUGUUUGGGCUGUCAGAGAUUCUUAUGGCAAUCGUCCACUGUGCAUUGGAAAACUCUUGCCCACAGAUGUUGCUACAGGAAACAGACCACUGAAGCCCGAUGAUUGUGAAGCCUGGCUGGUGGCCUCAGAGUCAUGCACCUUUCCUGCCAUGGGAGCUGUACCUGUGAGGGAAGUGUUACCAGGAGAAAUUGUUGAAAUCACAAGGAAUGGUAUUUACUCAAGAUGCAUUGUUCCCAGACCAGAAGCUCAAACUCAAGCAUUUUGCAUCUUUGAAUACAUUUAUUUUGCCAGACCAGACACAAUGUUUGAAGGUCAGAUGGUGUCUAGUGUGCGUAGACGUUGUGGGCAUCAGUUAGCCAAAGAGUGGCCAGUGGAUGUAGAUCUGGUCAGCACUGUUCCAGAAUCUGCUACUCCAGCAGCCAUGGAGUAUGCUUGUGCACUAAACAUUCCCUACUUGGAGGUUCUAUGCAAAAAUAGGUAUGUGGGGCGUACAUUCAUUCAGCCAUGUGCCCGAUUGAGAAAACUUGGUGUAGCCAAAAAAUUUGGUCCUCUGGUUGACAACUUCAACGGCAAGAGGAUAGCUUUGAUAGAUGACUCCAUCGUCAGGGGCAACACAAUGGCUGCCAUUGUCACUCUCCUGAAGACUUGUGGAGCUAAAGAGGUGCAUGUAAGAAUAGCAUCUCCUCCUCUCAAGUAUCCCUGCUACAUGGGAAUCAAUAUUCCAACAAGUGAGGAGCUCAUUGCCAACUUGGUGCCUGUCGAACAGAUGGCUGAAGAACUUGGUGCCGACAGUGUCAAAUACUUAUCUCUGGAAGGACUGGAGAAAGCCGUCCGUGAUGGCAUCAAAGACCAGCAAGAGACUGGCCACUGCACCGCCUGUUUGAGUGGACAGUACCCUGUGAAAAAACUGGACUGGUAG